AUGACCUGGGAUUCCUGUGAACCAGCAUCCUGUCUGCCGCCUGAUGCGCUCAUGCGCCCUUUCCUGCGUCCAACGAGCCAAGAUGCUGCCUGUGUUUCUCAGCUAAGGGUGUUUCGCUGGACACUCGUCUCAUACAAUGCCCUUUCCCUCCUCCCAGGCGAGAUCGCCGGGGACUCGUUGCCGGAGGGGAGAGGCCCCGGGUUGUACGGAGCGACAGGACGGGUUGCACUUCUUAGUCAGACCCUUCAAGCAAGACGGGUUUUCAUUGCCGGUAUACAAGAAGCCAGAACCCCUGCAGGCACUUGUAACGGCCCGGCCUUCACACGAUACUGCUCAGGGGCCAACACACGGAACUGCUAUGGUGUUGAACUCUGGGUCGCUAAUGGGCAGGGCUGGCCGCGGCAUCAAGUUACCGUCUUGCACUCGGAUGUUUGCCGCCUGGUUGCGCGUCUGGAGGCCGAUUCAGUUGCGCUCACUAUCCUUGUCGGGCAUGCCCCUCACAGAGCGCAACCGGAGGAUGUGCGCACGGAUUGGUGGCGCACAACGUCGCGUCUAUGUUCGCAGGUUAUUAACCCCGGUGGUUGGGUUUUUCUGCUAGAUGCCAACUGCAGGAUUGGCUCCGUCACCUCGCCCUUCGUUGACUCUCAUCAACCUGACCUGGAGGACAUAUCCGGUUCGCACUUGCACGAGCUGCUGCAUACCGUCCAUUCCUGGUUGCCUGCCACAUUUGCAUGUUGUAUGUCGGGCCCAGGGGGAACUCUGCUUCAGCGCAGCUCCGGGGGCCUGCAACGUUGUGACUUCAUUGCGGUCCCUUGGGCUUGGGCUGCCUGUGAAACGCAAGCCUGGGUCGACCCCGGCAUUACUGCCGGGCAUGCCACUGCCGAUCAUUUCGCAGCUGUAGUCUGUUGCACUUUUCGACAUGGAAAGCCCAAGCGGAACAAGCAACUCCGGAUUGACCCUGCUGCCUUGCGAAAUCCCGGCAAUGCCCGCAAGAUAGAGGCGAUCCUGGGCCGUGUCCCUGAGCUUCCUUGGUCACUCAAUGUUAAUGACCAUGCUGCCGUGCUGUCGGAUUACCUCUUUGUUGAGCUUGCAAAGGCGUUCCCUCUCUCUGCCAAACGCCUCCGCGGUUCUUUCUUCUCGGAGGAUACUGCUGCUGUUCAUGCCCAGAUUGCCAGGCUCCGGCACGCAUUGAGGGAUCGCCUUGCAGCCCAGCGGCUAUCCUAUCUGAGGUGUGCAUUUGUUUCCUGGCGCGAGCGGGAGUCCGAGUUCGGUGCUCUUCUCGCCGGAAAAUGGUCCGCGACCCUACAGACUGUGAUUGCACUCAUUGGGAGACAGAUCGGUCUCCUCGGCAGGGACUUGCGAAAGCGAUGCAGAGCCGAUAAACGUGUCUAUCUCGAGUGCCUGGCCAAGGACGUUGACCAUGCCCGGCCGGGCGAUAUGCAGAUCGCGCUUAAGCGGUUGCUCAGGCCUCGUAAAUUUCGCAGAGGCGGCCCAUUGCCACUCCCCUUUCUGAAACGGCCGGAUGGGAAUGUUUGCCAGUCCUUCGAGCAGGUACAGGAGGAGUGGCGUCGACACUUUGCCGAGCUUGAGGGCGGAGUCUGUGUCGAGGUUGCCUCGUUUGCCUCACAGUGCCUCAGCCGGCAGGCGUCGACUCCCGCACGGGAAAGCUUGUGCUGCGCUAGCAUCCCCAGUAUCGUGGCUCUGCGAGACGCCUUUCGGGAGGUCAGUGCAAUGAAGGCCACUGGCCCUGACGGGCUGCCACCUGCUUUGUGCGCGCGGUUUCCGACCCCACUGGCUACCGUUUUCUGGCCCGUGCUCUUGAAGACGCUAUGUUAUGGUUCGGAACCGGUCGGGUAUAAGGGUGGCACCUUGUUCCAUAUCCUUAAACCAGGUUCUAAAGACCGGGGGUUAUGUAGCUCUGAAAGGGGUAUCCUUGUGCAGAGUUCCCUUGAGAAAGUGCUACACAAGGUGCUUCGUCCAGUUGCUACUGCCGAGCUUGACCGAAGGGCGCUCCCCUUGCAAAUCGGUGGGCGCGCAGGGCUCAGUCACGGCAUUGGCUUUUACUGCACCCGUCUAUUCCUUGACUUCGCUCAACAGAGGAACUUGUCGGCCGGCAUUCUGUUCUGCGAUCUCGCUGCUGCCUACUAUGCCAUUGUGCGGGAGACCCUGACUGGCAUUGACGCUGACUCUUGCUCUAUUGCUGAUAUUGCCGGCUCGCUUGGCCUCACGCACGCCGAUUUGCAGGCUCUCCAGUAUCACUCCUCUUGUGAUCCCGUUCUGUCCGAUGCCAGGUGUGGGGAGCUUCUCUCCUCUCUUGCCAAAGAGUUCCAUACCGACUCCUGGUUCAUCCUUCAACAGGACCACCGCGUGGUGCACACACGGCGAGGCACCAGGCCAGGGUCCAGCUGGGCGGACGUGGUGUUCAGUCUCCUAUUUGCGAGGGUCUUGGCCAGACGCGGCGAUUUCUCUGAGCAGGGGCUUCAGCCCGUGAUCCCUUGGUCCGGCAGCCGCCGUCCUGUGGCGUACGACGCUCGCCGAGCCGGACAAGCGAUCUCAGUUGUUCAGGAUGUGAUUUAUGCUGAUGAUCUUGCUACGUGCCUUGUUGCUCCUUCUGCUCUGUCUCUUUCGCAAGCUGCCAGGCAUGUUGCCGGGGUCUCGGUCGACACGCUCUUGAGUCAUGGUCUGCGACCCAAUAUCGGGCCUAAAAAGACCUCGGUACUGCUGGCUCCUCGCGGGCCGGGUGCCAGAGAUGCCAGGGAGUCGGUCUUCGCGCGCGCCAAAGGCCGGCUGCCUGUGCUCUGUGAAAACGUUGGCACGAUCAUGUUAGACGUGGUUCCUCAGUAUCGUCAUCUUGGUUCGGUGCUGACAUUCAAUGGCUCCAUGAUCCCGGAAGCAAAGGCACGGGUGCAGCACGCCAAACAAUUGUUUAAGGAAGGGCGUGCUACCGUAUUCUGCACUCCUCAUAUUGCUCUUGACAAGCGCGUUGCUCUGUUCCGGUCACAUGUCCUUUCGGCAAUGCUAUCAGGAUGUGGUGCAUGGCCUUGCCUAUGCAGGUCCAGCUGGAAAGUUCUAGAGUCCUGUUACUUUACCAUGCUCCGGGCCAUGCUGAGGAUUCCGCUUGCCGCGGCCCAGAACUGGACUACUGAACGGGUCUUGGCGCGGGUUGGACUUCCCAAUCUCUUUGGGCUUGUCUCUGCGGAUCGUCUGCGUUUCCUGGCGCAGCUUGUUAGGAAGGGGCCUGACGCCGUGUUCGCCCUCCUUCAGCAUUCACCGAGGGCCCUGGAGGCGUUUCGUUCUGCCGCUGAGUGGUUUGUCGCAGCGUGCUCCUCCACUACGUGUCUUCGUGCACUGGCCGACACCUGGGAUGAGUGGGUUGCUGUUUUCUCCACGCCGCGGCGCUUCAAAGGGCUUCUCAAACGUGCUACUACUUGGCAUGUGGGGGCUACGGAGUCUCUGGCGACCUUUCAGUGCUUCUGCCGCCAACACUGGUCGCCUGCCCCGGUUGCUCCAUUGUCGGUUGAGGUUGCUACGCAUGCGUGCUUGCUUUGCUCAAUCGCUUUCUAUGACUUCCACUCCUGGUCUGCGCAUGCCGCACGGUCGCACGGAUACCGUUCCCGGUCGCGGCGUUUUGCCCAGGGCUUGACCUGCCGAGCGUGUGGAGUCAAAUUUGCGACUCUGCGGCGGCAUCAGCGACACCUCAUUGAUUCGGUUCGCUGCUGCCAAGCAGUUGAACGGGAUUUGCCCACUCUCUUUCCGGUUGAUCACUCGGAACCUGGGCACGUGCAGAGUGUCUCUUCUGGGGGGGGGGAUUUCACCUUCGUGCCUGUUGCAGGUCCUGAUAUCUCAGCAGCCCUCCUUAGGGCCCUCCGUGAAGGGCACUUCGAGUCCGACACGGCGAUCUUUGACUGUAUCAAGGCCGCUAUCGAGCCAUUUCACGUCCUUCGCAGCACCCUGAGUCUCUGGAUUUCUGAGCUUGGGGAAGGCCAGCUUGCUGACUGGGCGUCGGAUGUUCUUCUCUGCCUGCAGGUUGAUUUGCUGUGUGACUCGGCUUCCAGGACGCGGCGUGACACUGCAGCUCCAGAGGAGUUCACGCCUCUUCUCCGGGGGUUUCCUGUUGCAGAUGGCUGGGCGGAGUUUCCGUUCCUCACAGACCGGGCUCACUGGACUUCUGACUUCGCGUUCAUUGCUGGGUCCCAGCCGGAGAUCCAACGUGUCCAGUUCUGGCGGGCUCCCCCCUCAGGCACGAGCUUCGCUGGACUUUCGCUCGAUGUACCAGAGUCCUGUCUCCUUGCCUCCCUUGCCUGGGCUAUACCGACUUGCCCUCAGCGGGACAUCCGCAGCCACACCAGAUGGUUACGGCUCCUCCUGUCGUGGCUUGGCUUUGCCAUCGCGCUUGCGGAGCUUGGCCGCAUCCUGCGGCCGCUGGAGAUCUGUGACUCGACUGCCGUUCGAAUUUGUGGCAAGGAUCCGAAGGCUUGGGAGCUUGGCUUCGUCAUGUCGUCCCUUCGCCUUGCAGCCAGUUCCGUCUCCAGCUUCAAGGGCCGAGGGGAGCUGCGAGCAGCGAUCGAGGACGAACGGCGGCGGGCGGAAGCCGAGGAGGCGAGGCUUCCAGAGCUCGAGGCCGAGACCGAGCAGGCCAGAGAGCGAGAGAGGCUGCGAAGACAGCUGCGGGACGUGAUAGCAAGGCGGAUGGACGCACAGAGGCGCAAUGCAGAGGAAAUCUAUUGUCGAGAAGACAUUGACGAUGCCGUUGUCAUCAGCGGAGCUGCUCGUCCACCAAGAAAGCAAUGCGCGAUACAAGCAAGCGGUGGAGAAAGCACCAAUUAUCGCGACAAGAACUCUACGGGCGAGCAUGUGUGGAGAAUCGAAGGCUUUUCCUGGGUGCCAUGUGCCCUCGAGCAACAUGGAGCAGUUCUUGGCUGGACUCCUCACUUUGUGCAUUCGAGCUUUGAACUUGGAAACGUGAGAUUCUUCUUUCGUUACAGCCCAUGGGCAAGCUACAUAUGUGAGGAGUGUAAAGGGUCUCUCGCCAUAGCUCUGUACAUAGAGCAUGACGAGUGCGAUUGCAUCGCACUUCGGUAUCGCAUCUAUGUCAAGGCUCGGAGCGGUGAGUUCGUGCAGUGGGGCGAGACGUAUGAUGUCGUCCACCACGACGGCCACCACUACGCCGCCUGGCGCGCUUAUGGCCCCGAUGUGCAUUGGCCGGGUCAUCCUCCUGCUUCACUGGGCAUCUUCGGGCUGAGCCAUGAGGAGCUGCUGCAGUCAGAGUGGGUGGUGGACGACACUUUGACCGUGAAGUUCGAGCUCGAAGUCCGUCCUGACCAGUGCGCAACGAGGCAGCCCUUGAGCCUUGCUGCAGAGAUUCCUGAGCCGACCAUCCUCAAGGACACACAGGCGCUCUUGGAGGAGGGCAUAGGUAGCGACGUGAGGUUCAUGGUGCAGGACGAAGUGAUCCAGGCGCACUCGCAGGUUCUCUGUGCAAGGUCCGAGGUGUUCAGGAAGCAGCUGACGGCAGGCAUGCAGGAGAGCCUGUCGAGAGUCAUCGUGAUCGAGGACUGCGAUGUGGGCACCUUCAAGACGUUUCUGCACUUCCUCUACACUGAUCGGUUUCCAGAGGUUAAGGACUUCAUUCCCGUGGGGACCUCGAGCAACAGCGAGGCAGAGCACGGCAGCCCCAAGGUGUCGCUGGUUCAGUCGCUUUUCAGUGUAAGCAACAAGUAUCAGGUCAUGCGGCUUCAGCUGUGGUGUGAAGCGACGCUUUCGCAUGAAAUCAGCAUCGAGCAGGUCUGUGGCAUACUCUGCCAGGCACAUCUCUUGCAGGCGAAGCAGCUGGAGAAGGCAUGUCUCUCCUUCAUCAAAGACCAUGCAACCCAGGUGCUCACGCUACCGGCCUACGCUGAUUUGGUGAAGAAGUGGCCCCAGAUCGGCCUGAAGGUGCACCUCUACACGGCGGGUGUGUCGGAAGCAGAGGCGCUGGCUGCGAUAGAUGCCCUGGAAAAGCCGCCAGAGCAGCAAUCGGAGCCAGCGACUGAGUGA